CAGUGUUAACGUUGGUGUGUUCAUUCCUGGGUCGAAAACGGAUCUUUGCCUCUUUUCCCAAAGAACUGCAACAAAAGGUGAGCAAUCAUGCCUUUCGGUAACACCCACAAUCUGCUGAAGAUGAACUACUCCGCGGAGCAGGAGUACCCCGACCUCAGCAAGCACAACAACCACAUGGCGAAGGUGCUAACUCAGGAGAUGUACGAGAAACUGCGGGACAAACAAACAUCCAGUGGAUUUACCCUGGAUGACGUCAUCCAAACCGGGGUCGAUAACCCAGGCCACCCCUUCAUCAUGACAGUAGGCUGUGUGGCUGGUGACGAGGAGACCUAUGAAGUGUUUAAGGACCUGCUAGACCCUGUCAUCGAGGACCGCCACGGAGGAUACAAGCCCACAGACAAACACAAGACUGACCUUAAUGCAGACAACCUGCAGGGCGGGGACGAUCUGGACCCUGACUACGUCCUGAGCUCCCGCGUCCGCACUGGCAGGAGCAUCCGUGGCUUCUGCCUGCCCCCCCACUGCAGCCGCGGGGAAAGGCGUGCCAUUGAGAACCUUUCCAUUGAAGGUUUAAGUGCCCUGGACGGGGACCUUAAGGGGAAAUACUACGCUCUGAAAGACAUGACAGAAGAGGAGCAGCAGCAGCUGAUUGAUGACCACUUCCUUUUUGACAAGCCUGUCUCCCCUCUGCUGUUGGCCUCUGGGAUGGCACGUGAUUGGCCAGAUGCCAGGGGAAUCUGGCACAAUGACAACAAGACCUUCCUGGUCUGGGUGAAUGAGGAAGACCACCUCCGUGUCAUCUCCAUGCAGAAGGGUGGGAACAUGAGGGAGGUCUUUACCCGCUUCUGCACCGGCCUCACCAAGAUUGAGUCCCUGUUUAAGGAGAAGGGCCAUGAGUUCAUGUGGAAUGAGCACCUGGGCUAUGUGCUGACCUGCCCCUCCAACCUGGGCACAGGGCUUCGCGCAGGGGUCCAUGUCAAGCUGCCCAAUCUCAGCAAGCACGAGAAAUUUGGGGAGGCCCUCAAGAGGCUGAGGCUCCAGAAACGUGGCACAGGUGGUGUUGACACUGCAGCUGUGGGCGGCGUCUUUGACAUCUCCAAUGCUGACCGCCUGGGCUUCUCUGAGGUGGAGCUGGUGCAGAUGGUGGUUGACGGCGUCAAGCUGCUGGUGGAGAUGGAGAAGCGGCUGGAGAGCGGGCAGUCUAUUGAUGACCUCAUGCCUGACCAGAAGUGA